CACAACACAACAGAAGAAAAAGUGUCUCGACUGCGUUUUCGCAGAUUUGUUAGGCUAGCUUUGUAAUAAUGGUUACUCCCUUAUUUAGACGUGUUCCCGUUAUUUUUGGUUAAAAGUAACAGGCUUUGGGGGGCAUUAAUGUUCGGUGCAGCUAAUUUAAAGACCUUCAGUAAAGCGGGAACCAGCUGCCGGACGAUGGACGAGCUGGUCCAUGACCUGGUGUCGGCGCUGGAGGAGAGCUCGGAGCAGGCGGCGCGGGGGGGCUUCGGGGAUGGGGGGGACCACGCGCUGGCCGUGGGCUGCCUGCUGAAGAGACAGGCCCGGAAACGCCGAGGGAGGAAGAGACGCUCUGACAAUCCCCACCCGCCCUGGGAGACUGGCCACCUCAGUGAGGGCUCCGAGUCCAGCCUGGACGAACACAAGGACUACCGCGCCACCACAGGCAGCGUUGCCAGCAGUAACAGCCAUGCCCGUGACAACAGCGACUCUGACGAGCAGCUGGGGCCCAAGCGCCGUACCCCCCUGAACCCUGACACAGGACGUGGCAAGCGCCCCCUCUGGCAGGAUGACCUAGGAGGAGUGGGGAGCACAGAGGGGUCCCGCAGUUUGAGACGACGGCGCAAGGUCAAACGCAUGGCCGUCGAUCCCCCUCUGGAGCCAGUGACUUCAAAUAGCACCACCACCAUGCUAGGUCCCCCGCCUGUCCCCAAGCCCCACGCAGGGUGCAGGAUCCCUGGGGUGAGCGCGGCUGAGGGCAGGGCGGGGAUGGAGCUCACUGGUGGUGGAGUUGGAGGAGGGAAGAGCAGGGUGAAGAAGAGGAAACUGGCAGCCCACAGGCUCGGGCUGGAGGUGACUGAUGUGGUGGAAAGUGGGGAUGCCAUUAUGCGGCAGGCGGGGCCCAAGGACAAGAUGGAGUUUGAGGAGCAGAAGGGCUCAGAUGAGGACAUGAGUGACAGGUGUGAGACCAGCAGUGUGAGCAACAGUAGUGAUGGUGGACUGUACACCAAUGAUGAGGGGAGGCAAGGUGACGAUGAGCAGAGUGACUGGUUCUAUGAGGGGGAGCCGGGGGGAGCAUGUGGGGUGGCGGGGGUGAUUCCCUGGUGGGAGAGAGAGGCAGGGGAGGAACUGGACCUGGCUGACCCUGUCUUCAACAGCAUCCUCACCGGAUCCUUUCCCAUAAUGAGCCCCGGGGCACAGAGAGGGUUCCAGGCCAGGCUGAGCCGGCUUCAUGGUGGGCCCCAGGGCCAGGCUUCUCAGCGCAGCUCAGGACAAGCCUUCAACGAGCGGCUGGGACGACACCACCAGGACUCGCAUGACCCAUGGUUUAGUCCAGGGUCUAGAAGAGAACAUGGACAGAUGCACUGGGACUCAUGGUCAGACAGAGGCCAUCGGAGGAGCUGCUCAGUAAAGACGGCCAGCAGGCAGACGAGUGGUCACCUGGGGUCUCUGUGUACGGGGGACGUCAAGAGGAGACGCAAAGCAGCACCCCUUGGCUUACCUCCACCCACAGGGGUGGUAGGUGAGAGUGCGGUGCCCAUCCCAGAGACCAACAUGGGCAACCGGAUGCUGCAGAGUAUGGGCUGGAGCCCCGGCAUGGGCCUGGGUCCGGAGGGCAGGGGCAUCACCGAGCCCGUUCGGGCCACACAGAGACCCAAGGGAGCGGGUCUGGGUUUUAACUGAGCCUCAGGCUUUAGGCCCCAACUGAACAGGCCAGGCCAGUAGGCCUCGAUGGACAUGGACCCUACUGAGAGCAGGGAGGACUGUGGUCAACACGCUCUGGGAAGGAUACUCUGAUAGAGCAGCAGAGCUGGAAGGAUGCAAGUCAGCAAGAACAGUUUUAGCUAAUAGGAAGACAGAAAGGAAAAUCUGAGGUGGGAAACCCAACGCUCCAUGCACUUCCACUCUAACCAGGGCCGAAACUCAGAGGGAAAGUUUUGGCCCUGGUUAGACUGAAAGUGCAUGGAGCGUUGGGUUUCCCACCUCAGAUUUGUACUCGGGAUGUCCAACGUUUCUACCAGGGAAAAGAGAAGGAAUGAAUAGAAGACAACCAGGCAUUGUAUUUGAGUUUGAUUGUAUGCUACUAGCCAGGUUGUUGGACUGUGUGUACUGCACAGCACACUAAAAGGCUCAGUUUCACCAGAAAAUCAUUUCUCUUCAAUCAAUGGUUAUUGUUCUGAUAAUGCACAGGAUGACAAAAAAUAUAUUUUAGGUGAAUAUCCUUGUACGCAUCAAAAUCACUAUUGUGUGUGCAUGUGGUGGAAGUAAUAUUUGCUUUUAAAUAUGUUUUGCAACACUACAUUACGUUGGCGUUAUUCCAGGGUAACUAUAAUGGAAUAACAUAUGCAGCUAGUUCUUACUGUGGGUUAGUACUAAAAGGUGAUGGCUGAGUACUGCAUUAGGUAAAGGUAAUUACAAUUGUCCUACUUGUAGUUUCUCUGGUAUAGCGCUAAUGUAAUGUACUGGCAAAUGUUUAUUUUUUAUGUCUUUAAACUAUCAAAUGGUUCCUUUGGGAUAUUGGUCAGUUAUGUUAGAUUGUGUAGAUGACGAUGAUUAUUUUAUUUUUAAGACUCAUUUUCUCCUCUCCUCUGCUCCUGACUGCAUGUGCUCCCAUAGAAACAGAAUGAAUCGAACUGGCGUCCCCAU